AUGAGUGGAAGUCCUCAUAGCCCACAUUUUCAAGUUCCUCUCCGUGACCAAGAAGGAUGGUAUAAAGCGCAUUUCGAAGCGAGCACUGAUGUACCGGACACUCCUUGGAGCAGAAACAAGACGAUAGAAGUAGAAGUCGGAUUGGAGACGGCUGAGGUAGAUCUGGAGGACGGUAAUUGCCAUAUACAACCCUCGAGUGCAACAGCAGUCUCCAGUUUUCUUCCUCAAAAUGCACCUCCAGAGGCUCAGAUCGACGGUGAUGAAGGGCCAUACCUUGAAUCAAAACCUGAAUGCGUAGACCGCCCGUCCGAUGCACUUGAUCUUCAGAAUGACACAAAGGAGAACAUCGGUGUAGCAAAAGCAAAACCCGUAGCUAAUCUUAAAGAUGAAACUGCCGAGAGCACUAUUCGGGGACAAAGUGAAUUCUUACAUGACUCCAUUGGGACCACAAUGGGCAAACCUAUGCAGCCACUUCAGGACGCAAAACGCGCAUUCGAAGACAUCGACUCUAAGUCUCCGCGUUUAAUCGCCUUAAAAAACUUUGCUCUUUCUGAGUUUCUAUUCAGGGCAGGUACCCUAAGUUACUUGCUAUUCGUCAUCAAAAUGCUUCGAAAGAUCUGGACAAUGUUUCAGAAUCAGUUUGCCGUUGCUGUUGGACAUCUGGUUGUCAGUGUGGGUUUGUUCAUCCUGGUUCGAUAUUGGGGCACAAUACCAGUAGAAAUACAAGCCGUUGGCCAAAGAUCGAGGUUUUCACGAAUAAUCGUCGAUACCACUGUCCUAGCAGGUGCUUUCAUCUGCACUUCCGUUAUCUGGCAGAUAGUAUCUGUUAUUGGAGGAUCAGUAGUCAUGAUACACAGGAUGUACUUUUGA